AAUGCGAGCAUGGCUCAGUACAGGCAGCAAUACCACUACGCCAAUGGCUCAUCGGCUCAUGUGGCCGUUGGGAUUCGAUCUUCCGCGCCGCACAAGACCGCUAGGUGGCGUCGAUCUGCUCGAGGCGACAAGAGUCGCCGCCUCUCGAUCGGGUCGCUCAUAGUGGUGCUCUCUCUCGUGCUUGUUGUAACUGUCUUGGUAUACUAUUACAUCUCCAGUUUUAGCAAUGGUAAAGAAUUAAAUAAUUAUUAUCACUUAGAGGGUGAUGAUUCAAAGAAUGAUCAGGAUUUUCUUGCAAAUGUGACACGAAAAGAAACUUCUAAAGUCCUGAAGUUUGGCCGUGGUUCUGGAGCUCAUGGCCGAGAUUCAAGGUAUUGGGAUACGGAUGAUAGGAGAAGGGAUGAAGAUUACAAUGAGGAUGAAGUGGAUCAAAGUAACAGUUAUUCUAGGGAUGAAUCUCUAGAGAGAGGUCAUUCUUCUAUGAAUGUUAAGAAUGAGAACAAGGUGGCUUCUCGUGACUCUGUUAGGGGUUCAGCUCGGAGAGGUGUUGGGUUGUACAAUGAAGCUGGGCGCCAUGAACUCAGAAAGUAUGAAGCUGAAUAUGAGGCGUCUUUGAAGAAUGUGGGACAAUAUCAAAAGGAAAAUGGGAGUGACAAUCAGCAAUCUGACAAAGAAGGUGUUGGAAUGCAUGAUGAAGAGAAUGAUGCUGAUGAUCAGUUUGAUGAUGGUAUUGAUAUUGAUGAUUUGUGGAUGGAAGAAUACAAUGAUUCUGGGCAUGGGAAGGGCAACUUGGAUGGGGCUAAAUCUCAUGUUAAAGAUGGUAAAGAGUCUUCUAGUUCCUUGUACACUGGAGCUAAAGAUCAGAAUGUUGUUGAGGAGGUUGAUGAAGCCUCCAAUUCAUCUGAGGAGGCCUCGUCUUUGAGUUCCAGAGAUGUUGACAUUGAUGCAGAUUCUCAGCAUGCUGGCACUAAACGUUCAAGAAGCUCACGCCCGGGUUCAAGAAGAAAAACAAGGGGACGCAAAUUUUCUGGUUCCUCUUGUGAGAUGAAGUUAUUAAAUUCUACUGCACAGCUUGUAGAGCCUGUAGAAAGUCGAAAGUUUGCAAGAUUUUCCUUACAGUAUACAGAAAUGGAGGAGAAACUUGAAGGAGAAGAAAUAUGGGAGCCUAGAUUUGCUGGUCAUCAGAGUUUACAUGAGAGGGAGGAAUCUUAUUUGGCACGCGAUCAAAAAAUAAACUGUGGAUUUGUUAAAGGUCCAAAAGGAUCCCCUAGCACUGGGUUUGACUUGGCAGAAGAUGAUGUGAAUUAUAUAAGUAGGUGUCACAUUGCUGUGAUCUCAUGCAUUUUUGGAAAUUCAGAUCGUUUGAGGGUUCCUGGUGGUAAAACGGUUACUCGUUUAUCAAGGAAAAAUGUUUGCUUUGUUAUGUUCAUGGAUGAGAUGACUUCGCAAACUCUUUCUUCCGAAGGUCACUUACCAGAUAGAUCUGGAUUUAUUGGUCUAUGGAAGAUAGUAGUUGUGAAGAAUCUUCCAUAUACUGAUAUGCGGAGAGUGGGCAAAAUACCAAAAAUGUUACCACAUCGACUUUUUCCUUCUGCAAGGUACUCAAUCUGGUUGGAUAGCAAACUACGACUCCAACGCGACCCUCUACUUAUCUUGGAGUAUUUCUUGUGGCGUAAAGGUCAUGAAUAUGCAAUAUCUAAUCACUAUGACCGGCAUUGUGUGUGGGAAGAAGUUGCACGAAAUAAGAAGCUGAACAAGUAUAAUCAUACUGCCAUUGAUGAACAAUUUGCAUUUUACCUGGCUGAUGGACUAAGAAGAUUCAACGCCUCAGAUGCUAACAAGCUUCUGCCCAGCAAUGUACCUGAAGGUUCUUUUAUUGUAAGAGCUCACACACCGAUGUCAAAUUUGUUCUCCUGCCUUUGGUUCAAUGAGGUGGACCGAUUUACUUCUCGUGAUCAGCUGAGUUUUGCAUAUACAUAUCAGAAAUUGAGAAGGAUGAAUCCUGGCAAGCCAUUUUAUUUAAAUAUGUUCAAGGAUUGUGAAAGGAGAAUUGGAACCAAAUUGUUUCGUCAUAGGUCAGACGAGAAGCGAAAUGUUCAGCAACAAGUGACAUUGUAGAAUGUGUUAUUCUAUUGGCUUUCUCCUUUGGAAGGUCGCAUUUACACGCAAACCUCAGCCCUGCUGAUUCUAAUCCUUGUAUAGGGACCGGGACAUAAUGGUGCCACUUGUUCCCGCAAUCCUGGUAUUGAAACGAUUUGCGACUUGGAGCAUUGUAAGUCUACUGCAGAUAUGAAAUUUGAUUUCAUGUGUGAUUUGUUAGGCACGGCUCAAUCUUCUGUUGGUAUAGUUGAUAUUGAUUGUUUAGGUUCUUUGGGAACGAAAAUUCUGCCAUCCAUUUUACUAAUUUCAUUCAAAAUUUAUUUACAUUCAUUGCUUUGUUGGAGGCAACAAAGCACCUUAGACCUCUGUACCAUUAUUCUCAACAAAUUUCUUGUAUUUUUCCUUUUCUACCUCUUCAAUUGGUUACCAUGUUUUCCAUUAUUUUGUAAAACUUUCAUAGGACAUCAAAGGCUUGUAAUGAUAUUUGAAAAGUAAAUUGAAUUCAUUUUA